AUGGAUAUAUUUUUAAGACCUUUGGUGGAUGAAUUAAAGGAGUUGUGGAAUAAUGGGGUAGCAACGAGAGAUAGUUCGACCAACUCGAUGUUCACCAUGCGUGCUGCGCUUUUGUGGACAGUGAAUGAUUUUCCUACUCGUAGUAGCUUGUCUGGGUGGAGUGGUCAAGGUUAUAAAGCUUGCCCUACUUGUAAUGAAGACACGACGUCCAUUCGAGUGAUCGGGAAGACAUCAUAUGUUGGUCAUCGAAGGUUCUUGCCAAGUAACCAUGCAAUGAUAAGGGAUACUCGAUUUGAUGGUAAAGUUGAAAGAAGACCUCCUCCAAGACGAUUUACUUGUGAAGAAAUAUUAUCACAAGUUAAUGCUCUCGAACCCCAAAUUCCCGGACAUCAUGAAAAUUUUGGGGGCGUGAAACGUAGAAGAGUUGCAGAAAAUUAUAAUUGGAGGAAAAAAAGUAUUUUCUACGAGUUGGAGUAUUGGAGCACGAAUAUUUUAAAACACAACAUUGAUGUCAUGCAUGUUGAGAAGAAUGUGUGUGAUAGUCUCCUAGGAACCAUCUUGGAUAAUGAUAAAUCAAAGGACACAACCAAUGCGCGCCAUGAUUUAAAGAAGAUGGGUAUUAGGGAAUCGUUGUGGAUUUAUGAAGAUGGGAAUGGGAGGCUAAUGAAACCGCAUGCUCCUUAUGUUUUGACUCGUGAGAAAAGACAACUUUUUUGUCAGUUUGUUAAAGGAAUAAAGUUUCCCGAUGGCUUCUGUUCAAAUUUAAAGAGCAAAGUUUCUCCAGAUGAGUCUAACAUUAUUGGGUUAAAAUCCCACGAUUGUCAUGUCAUUAUGCAGCGAGUACUAGCGGUUGGUGUCCGUAAAUUUCUACCUCGUGACACUGCAACAACUAUUACUCAACUGUCUUUUUUUGACAUAAUGAUACACUUGGUAUUGCAUUUUCCUGAAGAAGCGAUAUUGGGCGGUCCGGUCUUUAUGAGAUGGAUGUAUCCUUUUGAAAGGUACAUGAAAAAAUUGAAGAAUUAUGUGGGAAAUAAGGCACGUCCUGAAGGGUCAAUUGCAGAAGGUUAUGUUGCUGAUGAGGCAGUAACCUUUUGUUCAAUGUACUUUAAAGGGUGUGAAACAAGAUUUAAUCGGCUUGAUCGAAAUGAAGAUGCGCCUUCUGUUAGUCGCUAUCUCUUAGUUUUUAAUUCUCAAUCUCGUCCUUUAACUAGCGGACUUAUCAAGCCUCUUGAUCAUAUCAGUCGUGAAAAAGCUGAGUGGUACAUUCUUCAAAAUUCUCCUGAAAUCCAAGCUUACUUAGAUGAACAUUUGGACAAGAUCAGGCAUGAAUAUCCUAAUGGUAAUCACGAUGUCUUGCAUAGGCAAACUUUCCGUCCGUGGUUUCAUAAGAAGAUAUAUGAGUUGCACAAGCUUGGAACUUUACAAAAUGGUGAUGAGUUACUCGCUCUCGCUUCCGGGUCCGAUUACUUAGCAACAUUUUACGAAGGUUGUGUAGUGAAUGGUGUUCGGUUUAUUGCAUCAAAGCGAGACCAAAAGCGCAAAAGACACAAAAUAGUGGUGUUCUUAUUCUUUGGGCCCGAAGGGUUUAAUUAUUACGGCACACUUGAAGAUGUAAUCACUAUAUCUUAUACUGGUGCAUAUACAGUGUCAUUGUUUGAAUGUAAAUGGUAUAACACUAAUCCAUUAAGAAAGAAGACAAUCACUGAAAAUAAUAUAACUAGUAUAAAUACUCGUGGAUAUUGGUAUCAAGAUGAACCGUACAUCCUUGCUAACCAGGCGAAGCAAGUUUUCUAUCUUGAAGAUCCACUCAGAGGUGGCGAUUGGAAGGUUGUUGAAGAUAUUAGCCAUCGACAAAUUUGGGACAUUACUGACAACGAAGAUGAGACUGAUGUAGAUGUUGUUAGUGAUUCUAACUCUGCCAAUUUUGUGUUGACGGUUGAUCUUGGAGAGUUGAUUAUGCAAUCGAAUGAACCUCCAGUAAUUGUUGAAUCGUCCGAUCAGUUAGUGGAUUCUGAGAUAGAGAAUAAUGAACUUGAUGAAAAUUAUGUUAGCUACGUUAGCGACAUACCACGGUGGGGAUGGUGA